AACAUGGCUUCAGACGCGCAAAACAACCCUUUCAUAAGGAACCUCGCCUCGAGCGACAAGAAAGUUCGCGAUCAGGCACUCGAGUCUUUACGAACAUACCUCGGCGCGCAGUCAGAGAUUUCAGAACUAGACCUGCUGAAAUUAUGGAAAGGACUGUUUUACUGUUUGUGGAUGCAAGACAAACCCGCGCUUCAGCAACGCCUUUCGCGCGACCUCGCAUCUCUUGUCUCUAUCCUUCGCACGCCCGUCGUCCUCCCAUUCAUCCGCGCCUUUUUUCUUACCAUGUCUCGCGAGUGGGGUCACAUCGAAGCGCUAAGACUCGAUAAAUAUUUAUACCUGAUCCGUCAAUACGUCAACGCAUCGUUCGCCUUCCUUAGCCGGAACAAGUGGAAAAAGAGCUUGUUGGAACAAUGGAACAGUAUCGUGGAAGAGACACCUUUAGAGUGUCAGAACCUGAAGAUCCCGAAUGGACUGAGAUAUCAUGUCAUGGACGUAUGGGUUGAUGAGUUGGAGAGGGUUGAGGGAGAAGGAUGGGAAAAGGAGAGCCACAAAGAGACAUUGGAGACGCUUAUACAGCCGAUUGAAAAGAUGGCAAAGGAUGGCAAACUGAAGCCAUUGAGAAAUGCGGCAAAAGAGUGUCUCGCCGACGACCGAUUAAGGGCUUGGAGAGGACAAGAACUCGAAGCUGCAAGCGAUUCUGAAGAGGAGGAUGAGGAGGUAGAAUGGGGAGGCUUCGCAGACUGAAGAUUUGUGCUUCUCAGAGCCAUCUCAAAGAGUAUAUUGCAUAUUAUUUCAGCGAGGCGUUUGUGGAUUUCGACCGUGAUCAAUAUGGCACGGAAAAGUACUAGAUUUGGGAAACAGGAACGGGGAUGCGAGCUUUGACAACAAGAAUUCGCAAGCGACUAAGCG